GGAAAGAAAGCUGCAGGCCGCGAACGGCCCUCUUCCCCCACCCCCCUUCAGCGCUUCUUCCCGUCGUUCAUGAGAGGAUGCUUUCUUCCUCGAGGCGUGAUAGUGAGAGACCGAAAAAAAGACGUGGCGUUUGCCACUAUUCUGGAAAGUUACAAACCGUUCGAAUUUCUUGCAGUAAGGUUGGGCAGGUGUACUUCAGGUACCAGCCCAUCAGUACUACUGGGUAUUCACGGCCUCGAGAGUCGCUUAGCGGCAUCUCGUACUUUCUGAUAUUCUUAUCUUGCAUGUGAAGCUCACGUAUGAUUGCAGGGCCACGCAGCGUAUCGCGUGGCACUAACUCCUUACCUCGACGCACCUUAGACAAUAUCUCAAGUGGAUCAGGUCAUCUUCUGAUAGCAAUCACUGAUAAACCGAUAAUGACUGAAUAAUGAGGUACUUACCAGAUUGGGGAGAUAAGCUCCCAGCAAAGUCAGUACAGUACAAUACUAGGUAGACGGGUCCAUGUCGACACAUAACUCCACUUAUUGAAUCAGUUUGACGGCAACUAACAGAGAAAAGAAAUUAACCUUUUCCCGUUCGGAAAAUAACAUUUGCCAUUCAUGCUAACAACCAAACCGUAACCGCUUUCAUUUGAACCUGCCGCCAAGUGACUUUCUUGGUAAAUCAAGCUCAAGCACAAACUCGUAUGAGAAGUCAAUCACGCGAUACAGUUCACGGUCUCUGCUGACCCAAGAACGAGAGAUUCUAGACGGUGGCGUUGAAAAGUUACUUGACGGCGAUGUACCUUAGCUGAGUGUAGUACGGGAAGCAACCAUGUUCACUGCUGGCUCAGCCGCCCGAGUGGCCUACGGCGUACGAAUUUAGGCCCACUAGGUAAAAUGGACGGGGAUGAGUUGGCAAGAAAAGCAAGGGGAUGAG